UUUGAUACUAUUAUGUUCGAUUGCUCAAAUAUCAGCCAAAGGCAUGACACCAAGUGACCUAACAAUCAACAUCAACGACAUCCUCAACGAACAGCUGAUGCCGGCCACGUUUCUAAUGCUGGAAGGACCACCCGAUUUAGGUCUGAGGACCGAAGAUGAACUGAUGGAGCCGGAUGGAAUGGAAAGUCGAACCGCGGAUCCGGAGGAUGGUUCCGGCCAAAUAAAGUCCACGGAACGAGGGACCACCGCUCUGCUGCACAAUUUAACCCGUGAAGAUGGCACGUUUCGAACCGCUUUCUCGACGAUGGGAUUUCACAGAAAAAUGAUGAACAACUACCGCUGCAACGGCUUCCUCGCCAACCAGAUCAUAGCGGACGUCCUUCCGCUGCGCGAGCUCUCCCUCUCGCGACGCGUCGGCACCGCCCCGGGCAGCUUCAUGAUGCUGGAAAACAACAGCCUGCCCACACCAUCCAAGGACACCAUGCUGUACGAUCAGGGCUCUUCCGGAUACGUGAAUUGGUUGUCAAAAUCUUCCACGCUGGACGACAUCUAUCGCAACUACUUGGCUCCGGGUGGGCCGAUGGCCGUCAUGAACGUAUCGAACCAUCGAUCGGAUAUCACUCCGGUGUCGAAUCCGCGCUCCGCGGAGGAAGAAUACUUUGACGAGGGUAUGAUCACAGGGUACGCCGUCCAGCAACAGCCCGAUCCCAAUCACGUGGCCUUUCCCAAACCGGCUUAUCAACCAAAUCCCUACCAUCAUCAUCAUCAUCAGCAACCUGCCCAAAAUCAACACCCUUACCGUCCACCCGCCCAGCAAUACCCUCCGUUGGCCGGUGGCCGCGUCUACAACCAUGGCGAACCACCGUACUCCGAUGCCUCCCGCGGGGACUACGCCUACCACCCGAUCGAGAUCGAGGAAAAAAGCAUCAAGGGACUCGGCCUCAAAGACCUGUUCGACAUCGCCCUAACCACCCUGGCCUUCCUGUCCUUUGGGAUGUUUGUCCUGCAGGUCAUCAUGUGCAUCACGAUGACCAAAUCGGACGCCAACAUGAUGAUGAUCCCGACGGUCAACCCGGACGACGGAGAGGAAGAGGUUCGCCGAAGGCGAAGAAGACGCCGCGGAGCGGUUCCCCCGGUGGAAACCCUAGAGUUGGUGCGACUUCGUGAAAUCAACCAGAUCGCAGCCCGCGUGCUGGACUCGAUGGAUGCCGUGGCGGUCACCGGAAAGGACGAGGGAAGUUGCGUCCAGCGGACCAUCUGCGAUAUCAAUCAGUACUCGCUGCAGCUCAAGUACAACCGGAAGUACUGGAUCGGGGUGUGGAGUUUGGGAGUCACCUGGUUGGCGGGAGCGAUGGCGGAGCCGGAAACUGGUUCGGGGACCAUUUUGACGUGUUUGAAAGCGAUUAUCAUCGGACUGGGCAGCGGGGAUUGCAACCGGGCGUACAGUUGUAGCAAGUAUCGGAAAAUCAAUAAGGUUUAAAGAUUGUGAUUUAAGUUAAAUAUUGGAAAUGAUGGUCC